UAUGUAUAUUCGAUUGAUGUGCAUAAGUAUUUUCUUGCGAUUGUGAAUUUAAUGUAAAAUAUGAACUGAUAUUUUUAGUGAAUUCAAACGAAAAAUUAAAGAAUGGCCAAAACUAAAACAAUAAGCAAAGGUUGUCCGAAAUGUGAAUUUCAGGUCCCUGUGGCCUGCAAGGCCUGUCCUUGUGGCCAUUCGUUUUUCAAUGCACGUCGAAACUCGAUUAAGAGUCCACCGAGCCCUGAAGGAGGGGUAAUGAAAACUAGACGAACAAAUCGUGUUAAGCGUGAGAAACCUAAUUACUACGAUGCUUUGGAAUACGAUAAGCAAACAAGGAAAAGUGCUAAGAUUAAGCGUGCCGCAGAAUUGGGAACCGACAUAGACUGCAGGCAGCUCAAUAAAAAAAAAAAGAAACGGGGUAAAGGGAAGGGUAAAGGAGGCGGAAGCAGCGGAGCAGGAGAUGAUGACGACGAACCAGAAGGUGUCAGUGCACUUUCACCUGAUAAGCAGCUCACUUGUUCCCUCAUUUUACAAGAGUUGAAUAACAAAAUGAGUAUGGUUGCAUGGAAACCAUGAGGAAAAAUACAUCGCAUUUUUUAAAUGCACUAACUUGCAAUGGAUAUACUGCGAUGUCACUAGGAGCAGCCUACGAAGGUUUAGAACUGGUAUCUUUUUCUGUUUUCGUAUCUCGUUUUGGGCUGUUCACCCUUCUACUAUGUAUAAGCAGUUACAUAAUUAAUGUAAUUAAUUUUCUUGAUACACUGUGAACUACUAAAUAUGAUCUACAAAAUGUCCUUCUCUUUCAAUCCUGAAAAAGUUACGGACCAUGUAAAAAAACUGCUGACAAAGUUUUGUACUGCUAAAAUCAUCCAUAACUAUCAAUGAAUUUGAAAGUAAUCAAAAUAAACGCAAAUUAUUGAACUUUUACUCAUGAGCUGAUAACCGACAGGAAAAAAUGUAUGAUUAUUGUAAGUACGAUGCAGUAUAAUCAAACAUUUUCAAUGUUUGUCUAUCAUACCAUGAAUUACAAGUUUGCAAUAAAAAUCUGAAAGACAUGCAUCAACACCGGUAAAAACUAUAAUAUUUAUUUGAUGAAAUAUGUAGCCAGUUAAUUAUAAUUUUGACGAUGCAAAUGUGUGUCUGAUCCAGAAAGUUCAUUUUGGUUUCUUUUUCAAAUUUACUAAAUGUUGUGCGAUUUCAAAAUCGAGGUAAUAUUAAAUCUAGUUAUGUCUUGUCCGUUACAAAUGACGAAUAAUUUUUUUUUACUCAUGAUAUCAUUGUAAAUUUUCAUUGAAGUACUGAAAUCUUAGAACUAUGUUUAAAAAGUGAAUAUACGACAAUUAAAUGAUGUAUUUAUGUACUCAGCCAAUUGAUACGUGUACUUUGAUUUCCCCACGUUUAAGAAUGUACAUAGGUAUUUGGUUGUAGAGUCUGAGCAAUUUGCAACUAAGUUUUACGUGAAAGAAGAGAAGUACUGCAAGAAUAUGAAUAAUUUAUUCUCUUCAUGUAAGCAAAUAAUGACCAACAUCGGUCAGCAUCUUUGAACCUUUGGUAGUUGUCAUUUAAUUUCUAU